ACCGGCUGCGGUGGAGUUUCGGGGGGGGUUGUUUCUCCGUGUCCGGGCUCUUUUAUUUUUAUUUGCUUCCGCUGUGUCGCUCCCAAGGUCGGGCCCGGCAUCGUGACUUUUACCCGGCCACCAUGCAGCCACCACCGGUGUGACAGCGCGACUCGUCCUCCCACCGCCACCAGCAGCAGCAGCAGAACCAGCAGCAGCAGAACCAGCACCAGCAGCAGCGGGCUCCUCCGUCCCGUCCGGCUCCUCUUGUGGAAACCACCACCUGCCGACGCGUCUCGCGCCAUAUGACCGUCACAAAGAUGUCAUGGCGUCCUCAGUACCGCAGCUCCAAGUUCCGCCACGUGUUCGGGAAACCCGCCACCAAGGAGAGCUGCUACGACGGCGUGCCGAUCACGUGCAGCGUGCAGGACAACAACUUCUGCGCCGUCAACCCGCGUUUCCUGGCCGUCAUCACGGAGUGCGCCGGAGGAGGGGCCUUCCUGGUCCUGUCCAUCCACCACACGGGUAAAGUGGACCCCCACCACCCCAGAGUGUCGGGCCACAGAGGCAACGUGUUGGACAUCAAAUGGAAUCCCUUCAACGACUACUGCAUCGCGUCGUGCUCCGAGGACAACACGGUCAAAGUGUGGGAAAUCCCCCCCCACGGCGUGAUGAAGAACCUCACGGUAGCGUGGAAGGAGCUUCAGGGCCACAGCCGCAGAGUGAGCCUCAUCGAGUGGCACCCGACUGCUAACGGCAUCCUUUUCAGUACAGGCUACGACUACCAGAUAAUGAUCUGGAACCUGGACUGCUCGGAGCAGGUGAUAAAGAACCCUGUACGGACCAUCAGCCAUCACUCGGACGUGGUUCUGUCCAUGUCUUUCAACACGGACGGCAGCCUGCUGGCCACCGCCUGCAAAGACAGGAAGGUGCGUCUGAUGGAGACAUACUCAGGAAACCUGCUGCAGGAAGCCAACUCUAAGACGCACAAAGCCACUAAGGUGCUGAUCCUGGGCAACAUGAAGAUGCUCCUCACGUCCGGAACCUCGCGCUGGAACGAUCGACAGAUGGCUCUGUGGGAUCAGGACGACCUGUCUGUGCCUUUGUUAGAGGAGAACGUGGACGGCUCCUCGGGAGUCAUGUUUCCUUUCUACGACCCUGACACCCACAUGCUCUAUCUCGCUGGGAAGGGCGAUGGGAAUAUCAGGUACUAUGAGAUCAGCUCAGAGAAACCAUACAUCCACUACCUAACAGAGUUCCGCUCGUCCUUACCUCAGAAGGGGAUGGGAGUGAUGCCAAAGCGCGGCCUGGAUGUGAGCUCCUGUGAGGUGUUCAGGUUCUACAGACUGGUGACCAUCAAGAGCCUCAUCGAGCCUCUGUCCAUGAUCGUGCCCCGCAGGUCCGAGGCGUAUCAGGAGGACAUCUAUCCAAUGACGCCUGGUAACAGGCCGGCCCUCACUGCAGACGAGUGGCUCUGUGGCGUCAGCAAAGGCCCGGUGCUGAUGUCCCUGAAGCCCGGCACCCAAGUAGCAGAGUCGUAUCCAGAGAUGAACAAAGGGCUGGGAAACUCACUGGACACGCGCAGGUCCCAGAGCCGACCCGGCAUGCUGCAGCUGGCGUUCAUUCAGAACCAGCUCGGAACCAAAGAAGCCAAGGGGGACGGCGGCCACGCGGACGACCACAGGGGUCGAACAGCCGUUAGCAACGGCGAAGACCUCGCACUUUGCUCUCCGCCGAGGACAGAGAACGAGAUGCGCCUCAAGUUCCACAAGCAGCAGGAGGAGAUCCGCCGACUGCGGGAGCUCGUCAACCAGAGGGACGUUCGCAUCAAACAGCUGGAGCUGGAGAUCAAGAACAUCAAAAACUCUCAGUCCCCUGAGGUCUCCUAACAGGACGCUGUGUCCAUUCCGGUGCGGGCCUCGCAUCCCCACAUUCAAACCCACCGCCCUCUUCAGCGCACGCGGGCGGGUCGACCUUUGACCCCGCCGGCGUCGCCCCGGGUACAUACACGGGGUCCUUCCCAGCGGUUUUUAACCCGGCACCUUCUGAUCCAUCCGUUGGUCCGCUUCACAGCUCUAUGCAAGUCAGCCGUCUGUUCUGUAGCUUCUGUGGGGCUGGCCGUGGUCGGGGGACGGCGUCCGUGUGCUUCCUGAGGGGAUGCUGUGCUUGUGUGUGCACACGUUCUGUGUGACUGGGAUUUUCUAUGCUUGUUUUUUUUUUUCCAAUAUUUAAACUACUGUAAGUGGAGAAUGCUGUUGUGUUUAGCGUGUGUGUGCUUGAAUGACAGUUUGAUGAUGAUAUCAUGAUUCCAGCUGUGAUCUGCCAUCCCGUUAAGCUUCGUUUGAUUUUAGUCUUCAUUAUUUUUAUUACUGAAAUGAAAUUUGUGAAAAGUCUAUCACUUUCACAGCAGCGGUUGUGAAACUGUAACUGAUGCCAUGUAGUGGAUCUGAUCUUAGCUUUUAUAUUUAUUUUAAAAAACAAAGAGAAUUUGAUUUAUUCAAGUUUAAGAAAUAUUGUAGCUGACACACAAUCUGUUUUUAAAGGUGGAGACCAGGCUGAUUGCCUGUUUCUGAUGUAGAGUCACUGUGAAGGAGCCGUUUAAAGCCAUCGUAGCACGUGUGGGUUAGCUGGUGGAACACUACUGUAGCUUCACGCUUUACAUAUACAGGGUUUUUAUUGCUCUUGGCAAGAAAAGGGUAGCACUACAGAACACUAGGAUUGUAUGUUUACAAAGUACAAGAAGAUGAAGCUGCAACUUCUAAAAUAGAGAUGAAAUAUUCUGUGAGACACAAUCAUGUUUGAGCUUUGUUUCAGACAGAAAUUGUGCAGAAUCUCAUUUCUUCUUAAUAUUGAGCGUUAAAACUUCUUGUCUUUUGUAAAUCCCAAAGCUUUCUGUUUGUAGGUUAACAGCUACUACUAUUAUUGAAUUCCAAUGUGAUCUCUGCUGUAUAAUCGUUUUGCAGAAACGCAAAUUAAAUUGUCUUUAUUGUCCACUGCCAAGCAGAA